GACAGCCCAAAUAGACGGAUAAGGUAAAGGAGGGGCAGGAAGAAAGGAGCAGCAGCAGCAAUCGUCCAUGGCCAUGGCCCUCUCGAGCUCGCUCCGUGCCCUGGUGGCCCUGAUCCCGCCGGCCCUCCCUUCCGGUCGCCCGAACGGGGCCGCGGCGGCCCCGGGACCCCGCGCGCGGGGUCGGCCGAGGAGAGGGGCGGGGGUCGUGGCGCUGGCGGCGGCGCUGCCGUCGGACGCGAAGUGGCUGGAGCGGCUGCCGGAGAAGAAGAAGCCGCUGUACACGCACAGCCUGCCGUGCAUCGAGGCGUGGCUGCGCAGCCUCGGGUUCACGCAGUCCCGCGAGGACCCCGCCGCCUGGGUGGCGGAGAAGCCGCUCUGGCACGCGCGUCUCAGCCUCGACGUCACCGACCUCCACAUCAGGUACUUGAAAAGCGGCCCUGGAAAUCUUGAGAAGGAUGUGGAGAGGAGGUUUAGCUAUGCCCUAAGCAGAGAAGACAUCGAGAACGCCAUACUUGGAGGACCUUAAUACACAAUCAAGGGGGGUUAGAGUUAGGAAUUGCUUAGAGCCUGUUCGCUUGUCUGAAAAACCAUAGAUAAAAGUACUUUGCUGAUUUAUUGUGAAAGAAAAAUAUUGUUGAACGGCUGGCAGAUAUGGCGAACAAGACCUUAGUCGUGGUUGUUCCUCAGGCGAGGUUGGCGCUGAAGAAAUGGCACAACGCUAAUCGUUCAGUUGAUCUGCAUACUACCGUACCGUUACGUCAUUGAAAGAGCAAAUGGAUCAUGUGUCGAAAAAUAAUAAUCAUGUGCUACAAUCUCUGACUAGGCUGGAAAUGUUGGAUGCCUCCGGGUGACGUGCGUUUGGUUUGUUGGCCUCGUUAAGUGAAAUUUCCCCUUGAGCCGAAAUUGCUCAUUUAUAUACAGAAGAAAAAAAUGACUUUA